UUUUAAUGGAUUUAUUGACAGAGCAGAUGUUUCAAAACAUGAACAUGAUGGUAAUGAGCUCAGGACAACCCCAGAGUUUCGAUCCCAUGUUGCAAAAAAGUUAGGAGCUUUAUUGGACGGGUGAGACAAUAAUCCCAGUUCCCACAGUAUCUUUGCCAUUUUAAAUCUCUUAUUGUUUGUCAGUAUGAUCUCUCUCUCUCUCUCUCUCUCUCUCUCUCUCUCUCUCUCUCCCUUCCUCCUCAGCACACACACACACACACACACACACAAUUUUAGAUGUAUUUCAGAGGUGUUAUGUGAGACUGAUAACUCAAAACCUGGUCAGUCUGAAAACAGAGAGGAAGAGCACAAUGAAGAAGGAAAAUGGAAGGAGCAAUCAUCACCUCCACCCUUUAAAAGAAGACCCAUUCCCAGCUCUAGUGACAGUGAGAUGGAGAUGAGGCUUAAAGAAGCUGCUGUGUCUGUAUCAGACCUGCUCGGUCCUUCAGCCCAAACCCUUAUAGAGAAAAUAGAUGAGAAAAGUAUGACAAAAGAACAGGCAGAGUCUGGAGAGGAGGAUGAAAAGAAUAUAGACAUAGUCCCAAAGAAGAAGAAAAAGAAGAAGAAAAGAAAAUUGCUGACAGUGGGAAGUGAGGAGAAUGAAGCAAUGAAACAAUCUAAUAGAGAAGGAACAGAUGAGAAUUUGACAAAGAAAAAAGAAGAAAAAGAUGAAGUUGGAGGAGGAGUGAAUGAAAGACUUUAUAUUCUGUGUUUAAACAGAGGAAUUAUCAAGUGUUCAUGCUAUGACCCCCUAAGAAGUUCAUCAUUAAAGUUUUACUGA